CCGUCUCCUCGUGCCAUCUCAAACUCCAUUGCCAUCAUCAAAAUCAGCUCUACAUCACAGACUUAACUCCCAUGUUUCCAAAUUCCUCUGUAAAGCACAUAUAGUUAUCAAAUUUCUCUCUCCGGCGUGAUCCCUCGCCGGAAUCUUCAUCGCUACUUUCAAACAAGGAAUGAUCGGGUUGCUGAUUUUCUGCAGAGAAUGAAACCCCCGAAGUGUGAAAUUGUGGACUCGGAAGAGCUGGACCUGAACCUUGGACUCUCUUUGGGCGGUUCUUACAGCCAAAAUCCCAAGGAAAAGCCUCUAAUUAGAACGUCUUCACUGAAUGAAGACUUUAUCCUGCAUAGAAAUGAGGGCAGGGGGUUUCUUUCCCUUGCUAGAUCUUCGUCGCUGCCAACUGAGGCGGAGCAAGAGAUGAGGAAGCUCAAGGAGUUGCAGGCCAUGAAGAGGAUGGAGGCCAAGAGAAGAAUGUUGGAGAAGCACAGGCAUAGCAGGGGCGGUAGCUCUGAGGAAGAGAGGUCUCAGAAUGAGAUUAAAAUGCCCAAUUGGACUGUAGAAUCAGCUGUGAAGAACACUGUGCUUUGUCAUGCCAUUGAGAAAAUCAGAUCCAACGUCAGUCCUUCCCCCAACCUAAGAAUUCAAGGUGUUGACACUGCGGCAGAUCUUCCUAUUUUUUCUCAACCUAUAGUCUCGUCCACAGUAAGGGAAAGUGGAAAAUCAGUCGUCAGUACCAAUUAUCGCUCAGAGCCCAUGAUCAACUUUGGGACAAUGCUAAAUGGAAAAAGAGCCGUUUGUCAUUUAAAUUAUCACUCAGCGCCCCAGUUGGAGAAAAUGGAAAAUGGACUGGCGGUAAAUUCUUCAAAAUCUCGCCCAUAUUCUAUGUUCUUGUCCAGGACAAUAUCAAAUGGAAAACCAGUUGAGCCUGCAGAAACCGAGCAGGAGAGACCAUCCAAGAAGGCUAAAGUUUCAGACAACGAUACUCGGGACAUUAAUACAAUGAAUGAAAUGAUGAAACUGAUGCCUAGUGUAACUACAACUGGAGAUGGGCCCAAUGGUAAGAAAAUCGACGGGCUUUUGUACAGGUACAAGAAAGGGCAAGUGAGUAUCGUCUGUGUCUGUCACGGCAACUUCCUCUCUCCCUCAGAGUUCAUCAAGCAUGCCGGCGGGACUGACAUGGUGAACCCCAUGAAACAUAUCAAUGUCUUGCCUGCAACCCUCUGAGCCAUGGUGGUGAUGGCUCCGGCACCCCUUUGGAAUGUAGUAAGUUAGGAAAUGAAGAAGAUGGAUGCUUAAUGAACUUUUUCUUCGCUUUCUACCUAUGACCCUUCAAGCACAAUUUGCAUGGAGGAUUGCUUUCUUUUCUCCGACAACCUUGUAGGAUGCAUCAGAUAGGAGAUAGUAAAGUAGCUUAAGUCCUUUAUGAGAUGCUUACUCUCUCUUUUUUGAGGUUGUAAAGGAACCAUUAUCAAGUGUUAUUCCUUCACAUGCAAUUCUGUGAAGGUACUUAUUUCCGACGCCUCUA